UUUGCCCUUUUGAAGCUUAACCUUGGAGAUGAUGUGAAAAUUGUAAUCGAUUGGAGCAAGCUUCAAAGUACUUCAACACUCCAGCCUACAUUGCUUUUUAGUGCACUUCAGCAACAUAUUUUAUAUUUGCAGCCUCUUUUAGAAAAACUCCAAUUAUUGAUUACAAGGGAAAAUAUAGUCCCAGUUGAAGAUGCAGAUAAAACAGAAGGCAAGAAGUUGGAUACAAAUACAAAGUUACCUGAUAGUACCUCACAAAUAGAAGAAAAAUAUACAAGUUAUGAUUCAGGAGAUCUGAAAGAGGUUCAUAUUAAUUUUGACCCAGAAGUGGUCCAGAUAAAAGCUGGAAAAGCAGAAAUUGACAGGAGGAUAUCAGCCUUCAUUGAGAGGAAACAAGCUGAGAUCAAUGAAAAUAAUGUCAGGGAAUUUUGCAAUGUUAUUGAUUGUAAUCAAGAGAACAGCUGUGCCAGAACAGAUGCAGUUUUCACACCUUAUCCUGGAUUUAAAAGUCAUGUAAAGGUUUCUAGAGUUGUAAAUACGUAUGGUCCUCAGACCAAAUCUGAAGGAACACAUGGAUCCACUCAUAAAGCAAAUAUUCUCCUUCGUGAUUGUGGGAACCAAGCAGUAGAGGAAAGACUGCAAAACAUUGAAGCUCAUUUACGGUUACAAACAGGUGGUCCAGUACCUCGGGACAUUUAUCAGAGAAUUAAAAAGCUUGAAGAUAAAAUUCUUGAGUUGGAAGGAUUGUCCCCUGAGUAUUUUCAAUCUGUGUUCAGCAGAUAUCUGCAUCCAUGGAAAGAGAUUUGUAUCCGUUCAGGGUUCCAUGGAAUUAUUCUGGCAAAAGGAGGAAGGUCCAACCACCCCAUAAAUAUUCAUUGGCUGAACUUGAUGAGAAGAUCAAUGCUCUUAAACAAGUAUUAUUGAGAAAAACAAAUGAAGCAAAGUCCAAGGAGUUUGAUGAGCUUCUUUGAUGAAAUCUUCAAAUGUCCUUAUUGUCUUAACUCUUACAGACUUGAGUACUCUUCACCUGAGAUUACUUUGGUAAUGAAAAUGAAGCAUACACAAACUCAUUUCAAUGUUUUUAGAAACUUGCUUUUUAACUUCGUAACAAGGGUCAGCCCAAAAUGUACAUUAAGUUCCCUAGACUCUGUUUCUUUAAAAUGAUGAAUGCAUUGGAAGUAGCAUUCUAAAAGUCUAUUCCCUUCUGUUGUAAAGGAGGAUGUACGUUAUUAUUCAGCUGUGAAAACUGCUAAUUUAAAUGUGCAAAAUCUAUAUUUCAUCUGUGUGUUUCUGGAACAGGAAAAAAAUCUUUUGAAUAAUGAUAUUCAAAAGGUCUACCUUAACUAAAAUGUCAGUGUUCAUGUAAGUAACAUAAUUUGAUGAAAUAAAACAAAAUACCUACUUAUGUUUGAGUGAAUU